AUGACCACUGUUCGGUCGACCGCCGCGCUCAAGGACAAGUCUGAGCUGGAUUCCAAGGAUGGAAGUCCCUCGGUCAGCUCGGUUCAGCUGCCUGUUCUUGACGACCAGUUAGACGAUAAGCCUCGGAGAUUCCGCUGGCGGCGGCGGCGGGAAGACUUGGACAGUGUCGCGACGCAGCCAUCUGUCUUCGAUGAUCCAAAAACUCUGGAAGUAUAUCGCCCACCGCCUGUAUAUGAAGGUUUUCAUCGUUUCGACCCUGACGCGCGAUGGACAUGGCGAGAAGAACGUCGUCUGAUCCGCAAGAUCGACGUGCUCAUCAUGAUUUGGGCUUGGGUCAUGUUCUUCGCCCUGGAUCUCGAUCGAAUUAAUAUCACGCAGGCGAACACGGACAACUUCCUGCCGGAUCUGGGCAUGACGACGAAUGACUAUAAUAUCGGGAAUUCUUUGUUCAAGAUCUGCUUCUUAGCGGCCGAGCUUCCUUCGCAGCUUGUUUCUAAAAGAGUUGGCCCAGAUGUCUGGAUUCCGACACAGAUGGUUCUAUGGUCCAUUGCCGCUCUCUGUCAAUUUUGGCUCUCGGGACGCGGAUCAUUCCUAGCCUUGAGGUGUCUGCUCGGGUUCUUGCAGGGUGGCUUCAUACCUGAUGUAAUUCUCUACUUGUCCUAUUUUUACACCACCAGCGAACUGGCGAUACGACUCGCGUGGUUCUGGGUGUCGAACUACGCUGCGUCGAUUGUAGGCGCCUUCCUUGCGACGGGAAUUCUCCGCCUAGGUGGCGUCCAUGGCAGGGCAGGAUGGAGAUAUCUGUUCCUGAUCGAAGGUGGAUUCACGUUGUUAGUCGGCCUCGGCUCAUAUUACAUGAUGCCUCCGAGCCCGACGCAGACGAAAGCCUGGUAUCGACCGAAAGGGUGGUUUACCGAACGUGAGGAAAUUAUCAUGGUCAACCGCGUUCUGCGCGAUGAUCCUUCGAAGUCCGACAUGCAUAACCGAGAAGGCCUCACGCCUGCGAAGAUAUGGAAGGUGUUGAAGGACUGGAGAAUGUGGCCCAUCUACAUUCUGGGCUUGCUCCACAUGAUUCCCGUGACUCCUCCGCAAACAUAUCUUACGCUGUCGCUGCGGCACCUCGGAUUCACUACCACUCAGUCCAAUCUUCUCAGCAUUCCGUCGACGGUCCUCGGGAUGAUUACUCUGCUGAUAUCAUGCUAUCUGAGCGAGAUGAUCAGCAGUCGGACAAUAGCGGCGGUGAUCCUCCAGUUCUGGGCUCUCCCGCUGCUAGUCGCGUUAUACACGUUCACCGAGCAGACAUCCCAAUGGGUCUAUUAUGCAGUCGUCACGUUGAUUGUGGGCUAUCCAUAUGUUCAUCCGAUACAAGUUGCAUGGACGUCCGCGAAUUCGGGUGGUGUUGGAACACGGACGGUGUCCGCGUCAGUGUAUAAUAUGUUUGUCCAAGCAGGCGGUAUCGUCUCGGCGUACAUAUACCGAUCAUAUGACGCGGCAUACCGACAUGGCAACCGUGACCUCAUCGGAAUCACCGUGAUGAACAUAUUCGUUUACUUAUUCACCUUCAUAUUCUACCGCACGAUCAACAAGCGGAGGGAAAGGAAAUGGGACUCCUUGACACCAGAUGAACAGCAAAAGUACCUGGAUACCACGCAGGAUCAGGGCAACGCAAGGCUAAAUUUCCGCUUCGUGUAUUGA